AUGACAGAUGGUCAUACAGCCUCUAAGCAAGCAACGGCUUUAUCGACUCUGUUAGAAAAUAUUCGCCAGAGGACGAAGAAGACAAUUCGAUUUCAGACAGUCUCUGCAGACAACGCAAGUUCUUUUAAGCCAAAAGUCCUAGCACAAGAACUUGCAAAAGGGUCGACAUCCACAGUACAGCCGAUAUAUCAUAUUCGCUGUUUAGCCCAUACUUUCAACCUUGUUGUUCGAGCGAUUUUUGAGGCUCUUCGAAUUUCGAUGGUAGAAGCCUCUACAGAGUUUGAGCCUUCUACUACUCGAGCUAAAGAUCAAGAGGACUCUGACGAUGAUUUUGAUACUGAAGAUUCUACUGCUGGGGAAAAUCCUUUUGGAGCUGUUAUUCAAAAGAUUCGUGACCUCGCAGUUUCCCUUAAGCUUUCUAGUAAGAAGACGCAAGAGUUUCUCGACCUCCAGAAAUCGACUCGCAUUGGCCAGCGACUACUACGCCUCCUCCGCGAUGUUAAGACAAGGUGGAACUCUACUACACUUAUGUGUCUCCGCGCAAGAGAGCUUAAAACAACGAUUUCAGCUUAG